GGGGAUGGCAGAAUGCAAAGACCAGAGCGGGUACAAGAUUGGAUUAUCUACCCCUUCCUUCCCCAACACCCACCGUUUCGUGCAAGAAAUGGAGGGCUUACGCGGAGGAUCUCUAGAGGGGACCCGGGUUGUGAAGGGGUGCCAGUAGGAAUCUCCUAAGAAAGGAGCUAUCGGGUAAUGUCUGAUGGAGUGGGGCCGCGGGAGGGCAUGGCGAGGAAAAGGCCUGAUUCCUGCAGGGCCGCGGGAGUGGAUGCAGCUGCGGACUAGCCAGUGAGGAAGACGGGCCCUGCCACGGUUUUAGGCCUGCGUUCCUGGUAUCUUUUCUUCGCCUUCAGUCCCUUUGGAGCCGGAAAUGGUGGGCUGUGGGGGCCAGGAAGAGGAAUUGCUGCAGAGGACAGGAACAGGGAUUAGGUCUGGGAAGCAGGUUCCUAUGGCGGCGGUUGAGCAGCGAGUGGAGCUUUUGACUGAGGGAUAGAGGCGGGGAGCGAGAAACGGUUUCUCCUCCCUGCAGGUCGGUGUAAGCUUGGGACCCUGGGAUAAGAAUGACAAAGCGCUUACAUCACAGCGGGGCCUGGUAUGCAGUACCCACACACCUUUUCGCCCAUCCACCAUCUUGAUGCACAAAAUGGUGGGCAAGGGAGGGAGUGGGCUGGAGAGAGGGCAGUGAGUUCCAUAGGGGCUUGGGGGAUAGCCAGAUUGAAAUUCUUUGUAAACUACGCCUCCACCCAACAAGAUCUUCUAACUACCCCGCCCCGCAAGUUGUCCAUCAACGUUCAAGAAAUGGUAAUUAAGUGACCAUUUAGGAGUAGGAGGAGACAGUGGGGAUAGGGGUCCUAAAGAAGAGGUUAAGAUGGUUUGGAAAUAAUUACCUUUGAUUACAGUGCCUGUUUCUGGAAGGUGGAGUAGCCUGUCACAGGUCUUUAAGUGCGUUGGCGUAGCAGAUUUCAAGGCUGAGAGAAAGACUGCCUUUGAUCCCUGCAGGAGGAAGAAACGGGGGGAAAACCCCUCAACAUGGAAAACGCCCCGCAGGAAAACAAAGUUGGGGAGAAAGCCCCAGUGCAGAAUGAAGAAGCAGCACGUCCUUUGGAAGGUGGUGAAGGCCAGGAGCCUGGAGGAAAUAUUAGAGGGGAUUGGGUUCCACCUGCACAGGAUUUUGGAGAGGAAGUGCCUAAUAGGCUUGUCAAUAACAUUGAUAUGAUAGAUGGAGAUGCAGAUGAUAUGGAACGGUUCAUGGAGGAGAUGAGAGAGCUAAGGAGGAAAAUUAGGGAGCUUCAGUUGAGGUACAGUCUGCGUAUUCUUAUAGGGGACCCCCCUCACCAUGAUCAUCAUGAUGAAUUUUGCCUUAUGCCUUGAAUCUUAAGGUUAAUAAUUAUAAGCCCCCUGCUUUCCAAACUUGUACUUCCCUGGUAUAACUUUAGUGUGAAUCUUUUGGUGUUCUGCCAUUUUCUGAUUGAAGAUUUCAUUUUGACCUAGUCUGUAAGGUUUUUUGUCAGCAGGGGAGUUUCAUCAACUUGCAUGGAAAGAUGUUUACUACAUGUUGUAAAGUUAAUAAAGCAAUUUAAAAAGUACUC